AUGGCGUGGAAUCAGCCCAACUUCGCGCCGCCUCCGGGCAUCAACUUCAAUGCGCCCGUCAUCCGUAUGGGCGGCGGCGGUGGUGGAGGAGGUCGCGGUGGAAGAGAUAAUGCAGAAUCCAUGGGCAGAGGCGGUCGCAUGGGCCUGGGCGCGGAUCGCAACCUCGACCGACAGCGACAGGAAGUCAGAGAGAGUAUGAUGGCGUUACAACCCCCUACUCGCGAAGAGGUCGCACGUACCAUCUUCAUCGGAGGGCUGGGAGAAGGCACGCCUGGAGACGACAUUCUCCAAGACUUACUGGCCUGCGCUGGUAAAUUGCGGAGAUGGACAAGAGCGAAGGAUGCCGAUGAUAAGAAGUGCAAGUUUGGCUUUGCAGAAUAUGAGGAUGUCGAGAGCUUGGAGGCUGCGGCAGAGAUUCUCAAGGACGUGCAAGUCCCACUCUUCAACGCUGAUGGCACAGUACAGAAGGAGGAAGGAGAGGAUGGCGAUGUCAAGAAGUCUACGCUCUUGGUGGUCGUCGAUCAACAGAGCAGAGAGUACAUUGAUCAGUGGAAGGGUCGCAAAAAGGAGGACGACAACGCCCGACAAUUUCGCAUCCAGAGCUGCCACGACGAGCUUCAGCAGAAGCUUACGGCUUUGUCCAAUCAAGGCGCAUAUGCGACAAAUGGCAUGAACGAUAUGAAUGGGGACAGGGACGGAGAUGUCAACAUGGGAGAGAACGGCGAUGCAGCUGGCGAGCAAGUGGUCAACAUCCCGCUUGAGCUUGACGACGAACUCGCCGACAUCCCUGCUGAUAUGCGCGCGACUGUAGCAGAGGAGAUCAAAGCUUUCCGUGACCGCUCGAACCGCCGCGACAUCGAACGCCUGCGACGUGAGGAAGAGGUUGAACAGGAAGAGCGGCGGCGGACUGGUGCAGCUCCCCGUGCAAGCCGCCUCGCUUCUCCACCUCCAUCCACCAGCGCAGCGAACGGUAUUCCAGUCGGACCACGAGGCCAGCAAGGCGUUCAUGGAGCUCCAUCUGGACCGAAGGGUUUCAGAGGCGCUCAGAUACCAAGUGAUUACGCUAACGGCGUUGCCUUUGUACCUGGCGCCGGACCGAAUGGACAGGGCGUUACUGUUUCACUCAAUCGCGAAGAUGAGGAUGCAGAAGAGUCAGACGAGGAGUUGGAGCGCAGAAGACAGGACAAGAAGAAUGCGGAGUUGGAAAAGCAAUACCAGGAACAAGUGCGCCGAUGGCAAAUUCGUGAGCGACAGCGUGGUGCUGCGCAGGAGCGUGAGAAGAUUCGCCAGGACGACGAGAAGCGCGACAGGGAUCAAGCUAAGCAGGACAUGCUCGUUCGACUGGCCGAGUGGAAUGACGACGAGGAGGCUGACAAGGCAAGACACCCGUACUAUCGCGAUCGUUCUGGUUGGAUUCGCCAGCGUGAACGUGACAGGGAGCACGAGCGUCGUGAAGAUGAACGAGACCGCAAGGAAGAGGAGCGUGAGAAAGCAGAUGAGAGACGUCGCGAGAACGAGGCACGCGGCAUGGCGGACGAAUUCCUGGGCUCGAUGGGCAUGGAAGCUGAAUCGAAAGAAGCGUCAGGCCCAGCUCCCUUCAAGAUCAGCCUGGGUGGUGCUGCCGCCAAGACCAAGCAGCCUCAAGCAGCGGCUGCACCAAAGCGCACUAUGGCUGAUGUGCUCGAGGAUGAAGAAGAUGCUGCUGCCGCUGGCAUGAAGCGUCCUGAACUGAAACCGCUCCAAGACACGUCCACCGUCCCAACUUCUGGCCAGGACCUUACCGAAGACGAGAAGGGUCAUGCCCGCCAGCAGCUUGCGUCGGAGAUUCCUACCGACACCGAAGCUCUCUUCUCACACCCGAUCAAGUGGGAGUGCUUGGGUCCCGCUCUUCUCGACAGCCAGAUCAGACCUUUCGUGGAGAGGAAGGUGGUGGAAUAUCUGGGAGUGCAAGAAGACCUCAUUGUCGAUGCUGUGAUCCAGAGCAUCAAGGAUCGCAAGGAGGCCAAGACCCUCGUCGACGAGCUGGAAGGUCCGCUCGAACAAGAGUCGGAGGUUUUGGUGAAGAAGGUCUGGCGUCUGUUGGUGUUCUGGGGAGAAUGCGAGUCUCGCGGCUUGUCUCAGUAG